AUGCUCGAAUCCAAGACGGUUAAGUGGGUAGACUGGCCCCCACUGCCAGUCAUCCCGCUGCCAGUCGUCCGGCCGCCACCGAUCGCCUGGCUGCCGGUCGCCCCCGCUGGUCGCCCGGCCACCACUGAUCACUUCAUCGGUAGCCCCACCAGUCGCCCCACCAUCGUCACCAGUCAUCCCACUAUCGCUGCCAGUCAUCCCACUAUCGCCGCCAGUCGGCUCACUAUCGCCUCGCCCCACUAUCACCACCAGUCGCCUGCCGCCGCCGGUCGCCCCACCACCGGUCGCCCGGCCGCCGGUCGGCACCACCGGGUCGUCCGGCCACCGCCGGUCGGCACCGCCGGUCGUCCGGCCGCCACCGGUCGGCCACCGCCGGUCGUCCGGCCGCCACUGGUCGCCCCGCCGGUCGCCUCACCGGUUGUCCGACCGCCACCAACAGUUGACCUGCUGCGGCUGGCAAUUGUCCCGCCGGCUGAGCAUGAGCAUUCUCAAUGA